AUGGCCGAGGGCGGCGGGGGCGCGCGGAGGAGGGCGCCGGCGCUGCUCGAGGCGGCCCGUGCGCGCUACGAGAGCCUGCACAUCUCGGACGAUGUGUUUGGCGAGUCCGGCCCGGACAGCGGCGGGAACCCCUUCUACAGCACGUCGGCCGCUUCGCGCUCCUCCUCGGCCGCCUCCUCGGACGACGAGCGCGAGCCCCCGGGACCCGCAGGGGCAGCCCCGCCGCCACCCUGCGCCUCGGACGCGCAGGAGCCGGAGGAGGACGAGGCCGGCGCCGGCUGGAGCGCCACGCUGCGGGACCGCCCGCCCCCGCACUUCGAGGACACCGGCGGUCCCACCCGAAAGAUGCCCCCCAGCGCCAGUGCCGUGGACUUCUUCCAGCUCUUUGUCCCGGACAAUGUCCUCAAGAACAUGGUGGUGCAGACAAAUAUGUACGCCAAGAAGUUCCAGGAGCGGUUUGGGAGCGACGGAGCCUGGGUGGAGGUGACGCUGACGGAGAUGAAGGCGUUCCUGGGCUACAUGAUCUCCACCAGCAUCUCUCACUGCGAGUCCGUCCUCAGCAUCUGGAGCGGUGGCUUCUAUAGCAACCACAGCCUCGCCCUUGUCAUGAGCCAGGCCCGCUUUGAGAAGAUCCUCAAGUACUUCCACGUCGUGGCCUUCCGCUCCAGCCAGACCACCCACGGGCUCUACAAGGUCCAGCCCUUCCUCGACUCCCUGCAGAGCAGCUUCGACUCUGCCUUCAGGCCUUCCCAAACCCAGGUGCUACAUGAACCCCUGAUCGAUGAGGAUCCUGUAUUCAUUGCCACGUGCACAGAACGGGAGCUGCGCAAGAGGAAAAAGCGGAAAUUCAGCCUCUGGGUCAGACAGUGUUCUUCCACUGGCUUCAUCAUCCAGAUUUACGUCCACCUGAAGGAAGGCGGGGGCCCAGAUGGCCUGGAUGCACUGAAGAAUAAGCCCCAGCUCCACAGCAUGGUGGCCAGAAGCCUGUGCCGGAAUGCGGCAGGCAAGAACUACAUCAUCUUCACGGGGCCCAGCAUCACCAGCCUGACCCUGUUUGAAGAGUUUGAGAAGCAAGGGAUUUACUGCUGUGGCUUGCUCAGCGCCCGGAAGAGUGACUGCACCGGCCUCCCACUGUCCAUGCUGACCAACCCAGCCACCCCUCCGGCCCGGGGCCAGUACCAAAUCAAGAUGAAGGGGAACAUGUCCUUGAUCUGCUGGUACAACAAAGGACACUUCCGCUUCCUGACCAACGCCUACUCCCCAGUGCAGCAAGGAGUCAUCAUCAAGAGGAAGAGUGGGGAGAUCCCAUGCCCCUUGGCCGUGGAGGCGUUUGCCGCUCAUCUGAGCUACAUCUGCAGAUAUGAUGACAAAUACAGCAAGUAUUUCAUCUCUCAUAAACCAAACAAGACCUGGCAGCAGGUGUUCUGGUUUGCCAUCAGCAUCGCCAUCAACAAUGCCUACAUCCUGUACAAAAUGUCAGAUGCCUACCACGUGAAGAGGUACAGCCGGGCGCAGUUUGGGGAGAGACUCGUCAGAGAGCUGCUGGGCUUGGAGGAUGCCUCUCCAACCCACUGAUGCUGGGAGGGCAGGACUUGGUCAGGGGAGGGGUGAGAGGAGGAGAGCCUGCCAUUCAGAUCUGCCCAUCAGAGACCCGGAGACGCCCUGCUGCGUGGCUUGCUGCCUGGGAGGGAUGUGCAGGGCCUCUGGAGGGACAGGACGGACUGGGUCAGAGGACGGUUGCUGUCCUCGUUUGCAUUCCAAGAAAAGCAUGUCCUCCCUCGGAAAAGAGUGCCCCCGGUGUGGUGAGCACCUGCACCUGUGUUCUCAAGGGCAGAUUCUCUCAUGACAUCCGUGGAGCUUGCGAGGUCACAUGGACUGGCGAUUGUCCCCUGUGAUAGGAUGAGCUGGAGCAUGCUCUAAGAGAUAUGCCUGCUUCCUGAAGAUCUACAGUAACCUUGGACAUGGUUCAAGUCCGUGGCUUGAAGGAAGCAAAGACACCCUGCAUGGUUACAACGGUUCGGGUAUGGGGGAAGGCCGGAGGGUUUUCCAGCAUUUUCCUCAUGCGAGCACCUUUGAAUGAGUCUCUUAGAAGACAUACAUCCUGGGUGUGCAGGAGUGAGAUGGGGAGUGGGUGCCCAUUCUGAAAGAUGAGGCAUUCCUGCUCAUUUCCUCUGCUGAGCUGGUGGGCAGGGGCGAAAGGGAAAUGCCAAAAAAUUGCAGUGAAAGGUGAUGCUAUUUUUUAUUUUUUAAAAUAUCUUCAGGUUAUUUUCUUACUGUUGCUUCAGAUCUAAUGUAAAAGGCAGACGUUCCCUCCUUUCCACCCCCCACACUGACCCCGGCCCCAGUCACGGUUCCUUGCAUGAUCACAGUUCUGUUCUGGCCUGUGGCAGGGCCGGGAAGGGCCACUGGCUUCCAGAACAGAUGUGGUUGCUCCUCACGAGGCCCACAGGGAGCCCGUGGGCCCUAAGCUUUAUCGCACAUGUCAUCACUGGCAGAAUUACUUGUCUGUUGCUGAAACACACAGCUGACUUCUCUACGACGGCCAUUUGCUCAUUGUCUUUCCUCCGUGUGUAGCGGGUGACCCUGGCAGCGUUUGCCUUCUCAGAGUGGCCCCUCAGAACAGUAGGGCCGGCCUUGGAAAAACCCCAACACAGGACCGUGUUGGCAACCCUGGUCAGAUGUGAUUUGACACCAUGAGGGCCGGAGGUGGCUGCUCGCCACAGGACUGGAAAGGCUGCGUGCCCAGCACUGGCAGUGAGCUCACAGGUCCCCCCGGCUGAUCUGGGCUCUUUCGCAACCCAGGUUUAUGCAUCUCCAGGGAGGCCUCGGCACCAGAGUGGUCGGCGGGUCUGACAGUCCUCACAGACCAGAAACGGAAUUUCUGGGAUGACUCGGUCCCCCUUCAACCCAGUUUAUGUAACCACCUCAUUUUUUACAAACGCAGAAUCUAUUCUACUCAGGCUUUGGGACUCUGUCCUUGUCCUCACUCAGUUAUCGCGAGUAUUGCUGUCCGCAUGCUCCAGGCCCCACGUCGUUCCUGUGCUCUAUGUCACGGUGACUCCCCUGCCCUGUGGUUGGAAUUCAAUGCCACGGAUUGCAGGCCACGGAUGCAGGCCAAAUUCUAGAUCGUGUUUCCAAACACCCUUGCCGUGCCCUAAUUGGAGUGAAAGCACUUUUGCCACAUGGAGAAAUAUAUUUUUAAUUUGUGAUGCUUUUCUACAAGGUCCACUCUUUCUGAGUUUAACGUGUUUCCACCACUUAAGGAGACGCUAAUGAAAGCCGAUGAAGUUUCUUUUCUGUCCAAACAAGUAAAAUAAAAAUAAAGGUCUAUUUAGAUGUUGA